AUGAGUGCACGGAAUACUACUAGAUCUCUCGCAUUUAACAACGAAGUACUCCGCAUCGAUCCGCGAGCCGUAGAUAAGACAACAGGCAGAACGCAACUUCAUCAUAUGGCUAAACGCAAUAAAACACAAAAUGUAGGUCAUUUACUGGAAGAAGGAGCACAUGUGAAUGCGCAAGACCUCAACGGUCGCACAGCAUUACAUGACGCUGCGUGUGAAGGACAUCUCGAGGUUGUCAGUAUUCUGUUGGCAUACGGAGCUGACCCUGAUAUUAAAGAAAAACAUAAACAUAAUACUGCAUUACACGAGGCAGCGAGAAAAGGGCACAAAAAGAUUGUAGAGCUACUCUUGGAGUCUGCGAAUCCAAAAUCUAAAAACGCGGAACACAAGACAGCGUUGGAAGUGGCUAAAACAGCAGAAAUUAAAAAUACAUUGAGACGAGCGAUUAGAGAGGAUGAUGAUUCACCGGAAUUGUCACCGAAUGUAACUCCAUCGCCAAUACCUCCAUCACCAAUGACUCCGUCACCAGUAACACCUUUAUCUGGGAUGCAGUUUCCCGAGUUGUCAUUACCGUCGAAUACAAUGAAUCAUAAGAACAUGUCAUACCCGGAAUUACGAUCGCCAAUCUCUCCGACAAUCGCUGUACAGUCAAUUGGUAUGCGAUCUCCAGGCAUACAGUCUCCGGUUAUGCUCUCUCCCUCAAUUCAGUCCUCUGAGUCCCAGUCUUCUCCUCUCACUCCCGUUGAUCUUCAAGCGGAUUCGGACGCUGAUGAUCUAUCUCCACUCCACCUCGACCACAAGCGAUGGAAUAACCCUAAUGGCUGCUUACCUCUUCACACGAUUCGUCUUUACACAGACUCGUCCGACAUUCUCCAACUAGCCUGUUCAACAAGUUCAUCUUACCCGAAAGAGAAGGCGUCACCGUUUGUCCUGGAUUUCCAAAUAGAACGUUAUCUCGAAAUGUCCUUUGGAUCUUUGGUGAGCAGUUGUCGCGGAUUGACAUAUCGUACUGUCAGUAAUACAGAGAAGGUGAAGUUGUUUUCAGCGGUUAGGUCGUCAUUAUAUGACGAAUUGAUGGUUGGGUGGAACUUUGAGAAAAAGACCAAAAGGCAUCUGAAGAGAAUUUUGUUAGAUGGGCCAGAGUUUGGAUUUGACAAUCAAAGGAGAGACUUUCUGGCCAGGGUUGUUCAUUUUGUCAAGCUUGAAGAUGUAAUGGCAUUAAUCCUCCGAGACUUUAAAUACUUUGACAUACACCAAAUUGCCCAGAUAUCCAUUGAUAUCUGCAAUUCUCAUGAUAUAAUAGCUCAGUCAAUUUAG